CGCUUGAAAUGAUGAAGGUGGUACGGACCGGAGAUAAAAUCAUGACGUAAUAAGUUUAGUAUCGUGCUACUGUAAUCCUAUGUUUCUUUUUUUCCAAUCCUGGUUGGUGACAAUUAUUUGUCGCAUCACACACGUUUAGGAAUACUUGAUCGAAAGAAAUUACAUUUAGUAACAUUUAUAAAAAACAGUAAAUAGAAAAAAGAGAUAGCUGCUAAUUUUAAUACUUCAGUUAGGAUAGCUUUGCCUCAUUUCUUGAAUUAGAUUACAAAUAGUUUUGAUCAAUAAAUACAACACUCGAAUAAUUAAUUUCUUUAUAUGUUCCGUCGAAUGGGAGACGCGUUGAUGUGGACGUAUCUUUGGAUCUUUAUGAAAAUACUGUCAAGUGAAUUUAAAAUAAAUUUGUUAUUGAAACUUUUUAGAUUCAUUAAAGCAUCAUUAUCAUUAUAAAUUGUUAUCAGAAUUGAAUGACUAUGCAAACUGUAACGCACUAUAGUCAGUGGGAUUUUUUUUCAUACGGCCACAGGCUUUACAUAUGGUCCAUACUACAAAUAGGCGAAUGAGCCAGGUAGCCUGUACGUUGUAAAGUUUUUGUUGUUGUAGUUGUGUUGUACGAAAGCCGGUUUGUUUUCGCCGAUGCAUAUUCCGUUUCCGAUCCAAAUUCUCUGUUUAGUAUCUCUCGCCGUGUGUCGUUGGGAGAUGCUGGAAAAAACUCUCUGCAUGUGCGGCACGGUCUGCAUAUUCGAGAAACUGUCAGAUAACCUCCGGAAGGUAGGUCCAAAUGUUGCGUUUUCCUACACUCUCUUUACACUCGCUCUCUCUUUCUCUAUAUGGCGCACAGCUUCACCGAUCGGUUCCUGCACGAAAGAAAUGUUAAAAAUAAGUGAGGUCCAUUAUUUCGCGAUCAUUUCUUGAAAGGCCCUCGUAGUACUAACACGUUUCACUCUGUAGCACAGUCUCUCGUAGUAUGGUUGGUUGAAGGUGUUAAAGCUGUUAUGCUGUGGAGAGAGAUCAGUGAUACUGCCUCUUUCAAAUGAGCAGGGAAGAAAUAUACCUGUGUUGUUACGUAGCGGGAACAAAACCGGAAAGCAAUAAACAUACUGAAGAUUAACAAUCCAAACGGAACGCAUACAAAGCAUAAAACUAUACAGCGGUUAAGUGUAUGGACAAGGUCCCUAAAGUGUUUACGGCUAGGUUUUAGCUGUGUAUUUUUUAGGUGUGAUGAUUGUUGAAAUACAGCCAGUGAUCAGCGUUCAAAAAUUGUGUUUAGAACCGUAAACAAACAACGCAUUUUAAACAGUUAUAUUUACUGACUGAUUUUAUUUAAGAGACUGAAAUUUAUUUAAGCAAUGUUAUGAAAAGUGUGCCUAUGUGGAAUAAUUCAGUUUGACGCGUUUAACAAAAAAAUGUCGAAAAUAGUGUAAUACUAUUGCAUCUUAUUCGCAGCAGUUUUGUGCAUUAAAUGUGGCAUUUGCGGCGUUUAUGUAAGGAAGCAGUGAACGAAUCUGAAAAAUAGUUAAAGUUUAAUGCUGUUUCAAAAUUUAUUUUUUAUCGUGUACUGAAAAAAACAGAAAACAGUUAAUAAAUAUCAAUUAUACAUGCACAAUAAUUUGCAGUGUUUUGAUUGUUAUGUGGUUAGUUGACUAAUGUGUUAAUUAAGGAUUUGCUUUGAAAUUAACAGAAUGCUGGUGCCACUAGCAUUGCUUUUUACAUUCAUCUUCCGGAUACAGAUCCAUGCGGAGAGCUCUGUUAUUAGCGGACACAAUCAGAAUGAUAUAAAUCCACUACACCAACAGCAGCCAGAACCAUCAAUUGUGCCGACAAUCGUACCUGAAGAAAAGAUUUUUACACCAGGUAUUUAUCCUCAUGGAGUAGUGCGGUAUCAACAUUUGAUCAACAAUUCACCGAACAGUAAUUAUUUUGUAUACUAUACAGACAACGCUGCUGAUCAGCAAGGUUCGCAGUAUGUCCAAGGGUACAGUAUUCACAAUAAUGAUGCUCUGUCAGGAUCGGUUGCAUACAGUUCAAAUUCAGUUCCUAUCCAACUAGUUACGCUAGUUCAGCCGGCAAUAGGGAAACAGGAAAUUCUGAACAUAUCUGAAAACACAUAUAUCGACGAUACUGGCAUAAAGAAAUUAGUUUCGAGCACCCAGAAUUUAGUGAGCAAUGAAGAUGUUGUAGAUAUCAAUAAUGCUCAAGAAGGUGUCACAGAACGUUCUCAAAAUGUUUCCCAACUAAACACUAAUACAGCAGAUAGUGUUCCAAGUGAAAGUGAACACACGGAGAAAAAGGAAAAAUUUGAUCAGCCAAUCAUUGUCAGUGAUAGCGAUGGCGCAGAGUCGAGCGAUAUCCCAAGCCGUCAACUCAACAACAGAUCGCAUGGAAAGCAAAUCAAUGUUGAAAUUCUCGGUGAAUCGGAAGACCACAACAAUGGACAAUAUUUGAAAGAAACCACAAUUUUAGCUAGCAAAGCGAUCGAACCAUGUGAUGAAGGUAAUAAAGAAGAGGGAAUUUUGAUUACCAAACAAGAAGUUACCACAAUCAAUCCGGUGACAGUAACAAGACUUCGUGGAUCAACUGCUGCUCGUUUGAGCCACAGGUAUAAGGGUAUACAAACAACCGAAACACCCAAUGUGCUUGUUUCAACGACACUUAAAAAUAGUCCCAACGUUAUUACUGUAGCAGCCAAACCGGUGUCUUCCAGAUAUUUGGCCCCAAUUCAGGCCGGCUUACGUUUGUCCAAUGCAGAUAAAUCGCACCCGGUUGAGGAUUGUCAGGAUGGCGGUACAAAAUUGAAGGAGCAAACUGUCGUUGAGGUACAAAGGAGUGUAAAUAUAAAGAAUAUUUUAAUAAACCAGGAAACCCCGAAUGUACAUCAGUUUGGUACGAGAACCAAAAUUGUAAAACAACCAGUGUAUGUGGAGAAGCCGAUCGAACGUAUUGUGAAGCAGCCUGUGUUUGUUGAAAAACCAAUCGACAGGAUAAUAAAACAGCCCGUUUAUGUAGAGAAACCAGUGCCGCAGAUCAUCAAACAGCCAGUGUACAUCGAAAAACCUGUGCCUUUACCGGUAGACAGAAUAGUCGAGAAGCCUAUUUAUCAUACACAGUAUGUUGAUAGGCCGAUCCCAAUCGAGCAUCAGAUACAUGUACCAGUGGAAAAGAUAGUUGAAAAACCUGUGCCGGUAGAGAAAAUAAUAACACAGCAAGUAAAUGUCCCUUACCCAGUGACACACGUUAUAGAUCGCCCGGUACCGGUAGAGAAAAUUGUGGAAAAGCCUGUUACUGUAGAAGUGGCACGUUAUCUUGAUCGACCUUAUCCAGUAGAGAAGAUUGUUGACCGCCCAGUCCCAGUGGAAGUUCCGGUAGAAAAGAUCGUUGAAAAGAUUGUCGAUCGCCCAGUAGAAGUAGAACGUGUUAUCGAAAAACACGUUCAGGUCCCGGUACCGGUAGCAGUUGAAAAGGUUGUAGAAAAGAUUGUCGAUCGUCCUGUCCCUUAUCCGGUAGAGAAAAUUAUUGAUCGUCCUUAUCCAGUGGAAAAGAUAGUGGAGAAAAUAGUUGAUCGACCUUAUCCAGUGCAAGUACCCGUACAAGUACCAGUACACUAUCCAGUAGAGGUUCCUGUUGGUAUACCAAUACCAUAUCCAGUAGAGAAAUACAUAACGCUACCGAUUCAUGAUCCCAAACCAACACAUUCCAUUAUAAAAACGGUUCAUCAUGAGCAAUUUGAUAUUGGAAAGUUUCUGGCACAAAAGAAGAAACAUUUCGUAGAUCAUUUCUUUCCAAAGUCUCACCAUCCCUCAAAGGUAAUUGUAGAAUCACCGGGAAAGUAUGUCUUUCAAUCAAACCUACGUUAUCCGAAGAAUGAUUUACAUUACGGGGCGUCUGCAUCGAUACCGGUCUAUGUAGAUGGAAAUCAUCUGAAUGUACAAGCACACUUUUUACACGAUAAACCAAACCCUGCCUUAGGAAUAAUGCUUGGUGGUGAUCCUUAUGCAGGAAAUUUUGGUUACAUUCAUCAUGAACCAAUUGUGAAGGAUGACUACGUAGGGCCUACACCGCUGAUAGACGAUCAUUGGGCAGCUAAGAGUGAUGUAAAAUUUCGCCGAAGCCCUAACUAUGGUAAAAGCCUACGCAUCGAAUACGGAGGAUUUAAGCCUCCAUUAGUGCCAUCUGUGGAAAUAGACGAACAUGGUGUUCCUCUGCCAAAAGCGAACAAAUAAGUUAUAUCAAGUUUGGGUUUCGUGGUUAGUGAAUUAAACCAGAAGUAUAUUUUUUAAAUGCGUUGAUGAUUUGUUUACUUUGUCUAAGUUUGAACAGUUAUGUGGUUGGUUAUUUAUUAUUUUUGUCUUAAGUCAAUAAAAGUUUUUGCACAGAAUAGAUAAAAUAUGUUAAAAGUACGCAAUAAAGUUUGUUUUUAAUGUUAAUGAGCUGUUCAGUGAUAAAAAUGCGAUCUGCACGAAGUUAUAUUCAUUUGAAAGUAAAAAAAAGAUAAUGUUUUAAAUAUAACACGUUCCAAAACCAUA